AAAUUAUUCGUGACCAUGAUGUCAGAGCUUAACGUACGAGUACGGUGCAUUGAAUUCGUUGAGUUCUCGAAGCCUUGUUGUCGUCGGGUACCAAGUGAAGAAGCAUCUCAUAUUUUACGCUAUCCCGUCUCCUGCAACACCUGCACCUCCAGUUUGCUUUGAAUACUCUCACGUCCUUCUAUGCGAUCUUAGCGAUUUGUUGUUUCUGUUCGCAUCGUCUGACUUUGCCACAAAGCUUUCCCCUCAUGUUGUAAUAAACACAGCUUCGCAUCUACAUUUCACCCGACUAUGGCGAAGACUUUUGAACACGAACCUAUUCGCGGCAGAUCUGGUCCACCAAGACCGAGUUUUAGCUCCAUGAAGACAUCAGAUCGACUGCGAGAAUGCGAACAACGCCCUUCAUCAGUAUCAAAAAUCCGACCUCACAGGCGGUCCAUAUUUAAGGAAGAAGGACUAGAAGAUAUGGAUAGCAGCAUUCAUCCCUCUCACCCAGCUAGCAAACUACACAGAAACACAGAGGAGAAUACGAUUACCAAGGAUACGAAUAUAUCAACAGAGAGUAAGGAGCCGGCUAGGAAGGAGGAUACGAAUUAUUCCCACGGUGGCGGUAAUACAGCUUGGUAUUCGAAGUUGAUAAAAGGAUCAAGACCGCAGAUGAGAGGUACAUCUUCAGCACCUCCGAGUUCUUUUUCGACUUUUCCUCGAGCUGCGUUGAUUGCAUUUUUGAUUGCUGUGGUCGUCCCUGGACAUCGCUAUUCUACGGGUGCAAACGCAGGUGUAAUUGAAAGAAGGGCAGACUCUACGGAUAUAUGUACCCGCUGGGCUCAUCAAUCUGCCCUUGUGAACUCAACUGCUUAUAUAUAUGGUGGCCAAACUAAAACAACCCCUUCACAAACCACCGAUACGGUAAGCAACUCAUUCGUUUGCGUUUGCGUCUGAACAUCCAUCUGGCUGGUCAGGCAUCGUUCAUUGGUUUUUUGAUUACUCUUAUGAGAAAACAUUGGCUAAUAUAUUGCAGUGGAGUAAGUGAAAUCUCGCAAACGUAUAGAAAUGAACUAACAUGGUCAGACAAUAAUCUGUUGAAGCUGGACCUGGACAAGAGCUGGAAGAUUACAUCUCCGGCUUUGACAGCUUUAGCACAGCCACACGGACCACCUGCUGUAGCUCUGGGUGCUUUGUGGAAUUCAUACAAGUCGCUCUUCGUGUACGGCGGAUAUUUCUCUCAGUAUCCCCCCGUUUCCCCUUCGCCUCUCUCGACCUGGGAAUAUUCGAUUGUCGAUGAUCGGUGGACUGAGCACAAAGACCCCAAAACUUCAGCGGGAAAUCAUUCGGAAGGCGAUAACCAGCCAGUUCAGAGAGCAGCCGAAGGUGCCGGACUGAGUGUUCCUGAAAUAGGCAGAAGUUGGUACUUCGGGGGGCAUCUUGAUGAAUGGACAACCCUGGGAUGGUCUAACCAAAUAUCCCGUGUUUAUUUGAAAUCUUUUCUCGAAUUGUAAGUUGCGCUCUUCGUAGCUUUUAUCAUUCGUAUUCGCUGCCUUCGCAGCGGACAAAAUAUGUGGCAGGAAACCAUUUACUCCUUAUUCCAAAUUUCUAGGUUGAUUAAGGAUGAUUUACUCGAAUCUUUAGGACAAUUGUUUUAAUUGUUCAAAGGAUUUGGUUGAUUAUUUAAAUUGGCCGAAAUAGUUAGAAUAAAGGAUUACUUACUUGCGAAUCAAGUUGUGCUAAUGGAAUGGAACCUCUGUCAUUCUUGUCCCGCGCGGGCCUGUUAUAUAUUCCGUUUUCGGUUUCCUAAGCAAUCAGAGACUAAUAUGUUUUACAGCACACACCCAGGAUACUCAAAUUCCGGGGUCUCCUCAUUGGGUAAUACCAAAGCCGCCGGUUCAGAUGGCGUAUACAGAAACAUCACCCAAGGAGGAUUGCAAGAAGCUGCCGGAUUUACUGAACGAGCUGAUGGGGUUAUUGUGUACAUACCCGGCUGGGGAGCUGAAGGUAUUAUCCUCGGUCUGGCGGGAGGCACCAAUACAACCUUUGUAAGUCUACCACGUUUCCCAAGCAUUGGAGCUUACCUAACAAUACCUAGACUGAGAUGAACGUCAUUGACGUAUUUGAUGUUGCCAACGGCGAAUGGUAUAAACAAUCGACAUCAGGAGAAAGCCCACCAAUUCGAGUCAAUCCAUGCGCAACUGUUAUCAUGGCUCCUGAUGGAUCAAGCGUCAAUAUUUACUUAUACGGGGGACAGAAUCUUAUACCGUUUGGAGAGCAAAUACAGUACGACGACGUAUGGAUUUUGAGCAUUCCAAGCUUCACUUGGUUAAAAGUUGAUACGACUGGUCAAUCUAACCCACCUGCUCGUGCUGGUCAUACUUGCGCUAUGUGGGAUGGACAAAUGGUGGUGGUUGGAGGAUAUGUUGGCAAGGAUAUAUCAUGCGACUCUCCAGGCAUUUAUGUUUUCAAUGCCAGCUCCCUAAAGUGGAGCAAUGAAUUCACGGCCCUAAGCUCAGGCUCAAAUUCGCAAGCAAGUUCCGAUUCCUCCAUAAUCCAGGGUUCAUUUGGGUAUCAAGUACCAGAUAUUGUUCAAUCAGUUGUGGGAGGCGGUCCUCAAGGCGGAGCUACAGUUACGCAACCAGCCGCUGGAUCUGCAACUGCAGGUCCAAUUGCAACGGGUAAACCUCCUACCUUCACAGUAACACAGUCUGGAUCUACUGUCACUCAAACUUCUGCACCUGUUGGCUCCUCUCAGUCUACACCUGCAAAGUCUGGCCCUAAUGUGGCAGCAAUUGCGGCUGGAGUUGUUGCGGCUGCUCUGGCAAUAUUAGCCGCCUACCUUGCUUUCUGCACUUGGCUCUACAGGAAACAACUUAACCAAUACAAAAAUCACGUAGCUAUGUCUCAAAGACGAGACCCAAGCCCUGUUCCAGGAGGACGUCUCAACGAGAAGGUGGCAGGCGCUGGUGUGUUCGUCGGUCCCUUUGGAACGGAUCUUUCUACUGGACGACCAUCAGUUGGCGAAAGUUCACAUUCCAGUGUCCCCGCUGGUUCUAUCGCCGCUGGUUCUGUUGUUACACCUUCCUUUACACCUUCCUCUGGGGUCACUCCUGGUAGUGGAGGUAGCGUGCCUACGCCUUCCACAUACGCAGGUGGCUAUGGCGGAGGAAGCAUGCCCGGUGGUGGCAUUACUGGAAAAGGAUACAGUGAAGAAGACGAGGGGAACGAAUAUCACGGCAGUACAUCUGCUCCUUACGGCCGGCCAAGUGGGUCGACGGCGAAUUCUUCGACGGAAGAUCUGCUUUCAGGUCAAGAACCUAGUUUCUUUAAUGUGGUGCUGAACCCAAGAAGGACUUUGCGGGUUGUGAACAGCGAUUAAUUUGGAUUCUUCGUGGUCUUCGGCUACGGAUCACCAUGCGAGGAUGUAUUAUGGCAGGGAAACGAUGUGAUAUGGAGUGUAACGAUAGAUGUUUUUCUUGGGAGUUUUUUUUUCAUUUUUGUUUCUUUUGUCGUUUGGAAACGAAAGGACGUUGGUUGUGUUGCCUCGUGGCUUGGUGUUUUUACAUUCUUUAAUGAUACCCUUUUCUUAUUUCUACUACUGUACCUGGAGGUUUGGUCUUAGUAAAACAUAUGUUUUUAUAUAGCUGUGUUAUACUUGUCUG